GAACGACCGAAUGUUCAGGUGCGGCGCAGAGGGCUGCGGGAAGAGCUUCUACGUGCUGCAGAGGCUGCAGGUUCACAUGAGGACGCACAACGGCGAGAAACCCUUCAUCUGCAAGGAGAAGAACUGUGGCAAGAAGUUCACCACGGCUGGAAACUUGAAGAACCACAGACGCAUACACACAGGAGAGAAACCUUUUCUGUGUGAAGCAGAUGGUUGUGGGCGAUCCUUUGCAGAGUAUUCCAGUCUACGAAAACACAUGCUCGUACAUUCUGGUGAGAAGCCUCAUCACUGUGGGAUCUGUGGGAAGACGUUCUCUCAGUCCGGCAGCAGAAACGUCCACAUGAGGAAGAGACACGGAGAGGAGGGGCUCAGCAGUGAAAGCAGAGAAACAGGAGAGGCUUUGACACAAAGCAGCCUGCUGGAGGCAGACGGUGAAAACGGAGACAGUAUGGUCACCAUGACAACAACUGUGGAGCCCAUGAAUCUUCACCACGCCAUGCUGAGAUCCCCAG